AUGUCUUACCAGUCCCGCAGAUUUGCUGAGUCAUCACCAGUCAUCACACGAUCAUCAUACGAGUCAGCUGAGUCAUCACACCAGUCAGCUGUCAUUACCAGUCAUCACACGAGUCAGCUGAGUCAUCACCAGUCAUCACACGAGUCAGCUGUCAUUACCAGUCAUCACACGAGUCAGCUGAGUCAUCACCAGUCAUCGCACGAGUCAGCUGAGUCAGCACCAGUCAUCACACGAUCAUCGCACGAGUCAGAUGAGUCAGCACACGAGUCAGCUGUCAUUACCAGUCAUCACACGAGUCAGCUGAGAUAUCACCAGUCAUCGCACGAGUCAGAUGAGUCAGCACCAGAGUCAGCAGAGUCAUCACCAGUCAUCAAACGAGUCAGCUAA